GCCGUUAUUCAAGUUGCACGAGCGAGUAGUACGCGAACGCGCCGAGAAAAUUCGCUGCAAGAGAAAAAAAUUGUCGCUGGGUCAGUUCUUCGCCAAAUACUUCAACUUCUCCGAUUGCGCCAAGAGAUUCUUGUCCAAGACGCACUUUGAAUUUUGAAAAGAGCUAUCUAUCUUGAUCAUGCGAAGAACGAGACACGUCGUGCUGCCGGUCAAAUCCUGGCAGUACAUCGGGCUGCUCGUGGUCUCGCUGGCCUGCCUCACCCUCGGCCACGUAUCCCGCGACCGAGAGGGCAGACAUGGAAGUCUCGCCGGGCCCGAACUAUCGCACAAUGCUCCGCACGAGGUGGACGCCUGUCCAAAUGAAAACGGCGACUUUUGCCGAUCGAGCCUCGAAAGCGACGAGACGAGGACGAUCGCCUCUCCCAGGACUUCUCGGCUGAUCGAGCGACGCGUGGAACAGCGUCUCGUCGGUCAACGCAAUCGUGCCGCGGAACGACAGGACGAGCGUAGAAUUCGAUCUCGAUCGAACGAACGUGAAAUCGCUGCGAGGCGAAUUCGUCGGGACGAUCGAGUAGCCCGAGACGCGAGGAAUAAUUUGCUGGAACGCAGAGCUCGAGCAGCGGACGCUCGGAGAGAACGAGUGGCUGCCUCGACGCAACGACGUCUCGGCACGAGCGAAGAUCGCGAUAUGCGACGAAGAGUCGACUCGAUGGAGCGACGCGAUCGAACGUCAACGCUUCGAUCGAGCGAACGUCGAGCAAUCGAUGAAAGUCGCGAGAGAAUCGCCUCGAGGGAUCGACGAGAGCCGAACGCACGCAGAGAGAGGUUGGUUCGAUCGGUGGUGGAGCGUCGUUCCGACGAAGCCGGCAGAGAGGCGAGAAUUCGCCGCGAGCUUCGACUCGAUCGAAGAGCCGUAUCGAUGGAUCGUCGCUGGGAAUCGACAUUACGCAACAACGAUCGAAAUGCCCAGAGAGAACGGCGAAUUUCCACGGAAAAUCGAGAACGAGCCGUUCGAUCGAACGAGAUGCGCGCGCUCGAUGAAAAUCGGGAAAGAGUCGAUCCGGAACGUCGCGAUGCCAACCGAAUUCGACGAAGUACUCGAUCGGUCGAACGACGCGAGAGGACCAACGAUAUUCGCUCCGUGGCCGGCCGUCGCGCGAGUCCGAAUCGAGAGCGCCGAUCUCUGCUCUCGGAGCAGCAACCCCAGCGAGAGCGACAGGCACGACGCGAAGUUCGAAGAGAGUCGGAGCAACGAUACGAGAGAAAUUCUCGCGCGAGGAUGGACGAAGAAUCGUCGAGGCGAAACGUCAGGCUUUCCGGUGAAGCGCGUAGCGCUCGCAACGACGAGACCAGGAGAGAGAAAGGACUGAAUCUCGCUCGUGACGCGAUCCAACGAGAUUUCGACUCUUGGACUUUUAAGCCCAAUCUAAAAUUGGAGGAAUGGAACUAUAAUAUUCUGAAGCAAGGAUUGCUGACUGUUGCUUGCUUGAUCUAUGCCUCUUCGAUAAUCAAUCGCAAAACAUUUUCAGGACAUCUAGCCCAAUUUGGAAGCCGCGCAACAGCUAUCUGGUAAACUUUGAUCAAACCCAAUUAUCGAAUACUAUCGAUGACUGUUGAUUAUAAAUGUAGAAAAUUAUACUGUUAAAAAAGUUUUAAAGGUAUUAAUUUAUUGAAAAAAAA